AAAUUAUGACAGAAAUGUUAAUUUUGGGUGAACUAUCCCUUUACGGCACUAUUUUUCAUCCUGUCAUUGGUGUGACCUUAUGUACAGCAGUCAGGUUGAUUGAGUCAUCCUAAACAAUAUUUUUUACUGGAAUUAAACCAGUUAAUUUAAAUGUUAUAAUAUGAAGCUCAUGUUUUUAGGUUACUUGACAAAUUAGUCUGUCAUAACAAAGUUCCCUAUUUAAAGGUGGCAUUGUUUUCUUUACAGUGUCCACACCCCUCUGAGCUACUGACAUCUGGUUCAAACAAGAGGAUUCACUCUCUCUUACAGUCUGAGCAGUCUGACUGACUAGUCGUGGAUGCCCCUGCAUGUUUGAAUGGUCACACUGAGUGUGGAUCGCAAGGCCCAGUUGCUUUGUCGUGGAGGGGAAGGAUUUCUGUGUAACACACCCUGCCAUGGACAGGAAGAGGAAUCGUAUGCUCUGUGGUGGAUCUAUGAUGAUGCUGUUGCUUGGUCACAUGACCACUGCAUUAGAAGUGCCUCUAGACCCAAAAGUUCUGGAGGGAUUGCCACAGCCUCCCACAAUAAUUCAUCAGUCCCCCAAGGAUUACAUCAUCGACCCUCGGGAGAACAUCAUUAUCCAUUGUGAGGCGAAAGGAAAGCCUCAUCCCAGCUUUUCAUGGACACGUAACGGCACUCACUUCGAUGUGGAUAAGGAUUCAAAGGUCACCAUGAAACCCAAUUCAGGCACUUUGAUCAUUGACAUCAGUGGUGAGAAAGCUGAAGCAUACGAGGGCAUUUACCAGUGCAUCGCCCGCAACGAGCAUGGCUCUGCUGUGUCCAAUAACAUCUUCAUUCGUCAGUCAAGGUCCCCCUUGUGGUCGAAGGAGAAAAAUGAACCAAUCACAGUGCAGAGAGGCAUGUCUCUAGUACUGCAGUGCAGACCUCCGGCAGGCCUGCCUCCACCAAUCAUCUUCUGGAUGGAUAACUAUUUCCAGAGGCUUCCCCAAAACAGUCGUGUGUCUCAGGCUUUAAACGGAGACCUUUAUUUCUCCAACGUGCUCAUUGAUGACACCAGAAAUGACUACAUCUGCUAUGCCCGCUUCCCACACACUCAGACGAUCCAACAGAAACAGCCCAUCACUGUCAACGUGCUGGACAUUGAAGCUAUGAAUCACACUGUGUUGGCAUCUUUUUUAAAUGGCUCUGAUUUUUGGGGUGACAGUCCAUCUGGAGAGAGAGCACCCUCUUUCAUGCACCCUCCAGGGACACACAGUACAUCCAUGGUCCUGAAAGGAGACACGCUGGAACUGGAAUGCAUCGCCGAUGGCCUUCCGACACCAGAUAUAUCCUGGAGUAAGGUGAAUGGGGAGCUGCCAAGCGGGCGUUUUUCAUUUCACAGUUUCCAGAAAACUCUGAAGAUAACGGAGGUGACAGACACGGAUGGUGGAGAUUACCGCUGUUUAGCCAAGAACCGGCUUGGGAGCAACCAUCACGUCAUCACUGUUGUGGUCAAAGCGGCUCCGUUUUGGAUCAGCAGCCCUCAGAACCUCAUCCUGGCUCCUAAAGAAACUGGAAUGCUCACCUGCCGGGUGGAUGGAAACCCUAGACCUAAGGUCGCCUGGUCUGUCAAUGGAGUGCCUAUCGAGAACUCACCCAAGGAUCCCAGUCGGAAAAUUGAAGAUGAUGUCAUCAUCCUCAGUGAUGUCCCGACGGGAUCCAGCGCGGUUUACCAGUGCAAUGCCUCCAAUGAAUAUGGUUACCUAUUGGCCAACGCCUUUGUCAGCAUCCUGGCUGAACCUCCAAGGGUGCUGACCCCCCCAAACCAUGUGUACUCAGUCAUCACCAAUAGUCGGGCUUUGCUAGACUGUGCUUCAUUUGGCUCUCCACUUCCUAAGAUCACUUGGUUUAAGGACAGUCAAAGCAUACUGGAUGGUGACUCAUACAUAAUUCAUAAGAACGGUACCUUAGAGAUCAAUGUGGCUCAGCCACUAAACAGUGGUAAAUACACCUGCACGGUCUCAAACAAUCUCGGCAACAAAGAGAAUCACGUAUAUCUGGAGGUAAAAGAGCCUACACGGAUUCUAAAACAGCCAGAGUAUAAAGUGGUCCAGAGAAACAGCAUAGCUGUGUUUGAGUGUAAGGUCAAACAUGACCCGACUCUUUUACCCACCAUGAUAUGGCUUAAAGACAACGGAGAACUUCCUGAUGAUGUUCGAUUUGAAGUGGGCUCUGAUAGCCUGACAAUACGUGAUGUGACCGAGGAUGACGAGGGGACCUACACCUGCAUCAGGAACACCACGCUGGACCAGGAUUCAGCCAGUGCUGCGCUUACAGUAGUCCAGGCAACACCAAUACCACCUGUAGUACAGGAGCAACCAGACAUGCCCACAGAUCUGGAGCUGACGGAUCAACGAGAGCGCAGCGUUCAGCUGACUUGGACCACUGGAGAUGAAAACAACAGCCCUAUCAAAUUAUUCCUUAUCCAAUAUGAAGAUUCGCUCCAUGAGCCUGGAAUCUGGGUCAAUAUGACUGAGGUUUCAGGAACCAGCACCACGGCCCAUCUGGAACUGUCUCCAUACGUGUAUUACUCAUUCAGAGUUCUGGCACUCAAUGAAGUGGGUCUGAGUGAACCCAGCACACCAUCCAGACAGUACCGAACCAACCCUUCGCAGCCUGACAUGAAUCCAUCAAAUGUUGAAGCCAUUGGAACAUCACCUGACAGUAUGACCAUAACUUGGAAGGAGCUGACAGGGCUGGAGUCGAACGGUCCAGGUCUACAGUACAAGGUGAGCUGGAGACAGAAAGAUGUGGAUCAGGACUGGAAUUCACUCACUCUUGCCAAUAUCUCACAGUAUGUGGUGACAGGAACGGACACUUUUGUACCCUAUGAAGUCACAGUACAGGCGAUCAAUGACUAUGGAUCAGGCCCCAGGCCUGAGGUGGUGUUGGGAUAUUCAGGAGAGGACUCUCCCAAUGUGGCCCCAGAGAACAUACAGGUUUCUGUUCAGAAUGGGACAGAAGCUGAAGUGCGUUGGGAAGCUGUUCCUCCUUCAACAGUCCGGGGGCGACUAAAGGGGUACAAGGUGAGUUACUGGAAGUUGAGAAGUCUACACAAGCAAGAACCUGAGCCUGAGAAGCCACAGGUGCUCAUCUUCAGUAGCAAUGACACAGAGGGUCAUCUGUCCAACCUCCAUCCCUACAGCCAGUACUCCCUAAAUAUUAGGGCCUUCAAUGGGAAGGGAGAUGGACCCACCAGCACUGAUCAGCACUUUGUAACACCAGAAGGAGUUCCAGGGCCUCCUGCCAAUUUCAAAGUCAGAAAUCUGGAUCUGGACUCAUUGGUUGUAGAGUGGGCGCCACCUCUGAAAGAUAAUGGCCACUUAACAGGCUACCUGCUCAAAUACCAGCCAAUCAAUGCAACAGAUGAACUUGGGCCUCUCAAAGAGCUGUUACUAUUUGCAAAUGAGACCAGCAUCACUCUUGACAACCUCAAAUACAGCACACGCUACAAGUUCUAUUUGAACGCCAUGACAGUCAAGGGCUCGGGGCCCACCAUCACAGAAGAGGCCGUCACAGUUAUGGAUGAAGCUUUAAUUCGACAUCCCGCUGUAGAGGCGGGUAAAGGCUCAGCCCCACCUCCACCACCACCAACCCCCCCAGUCUCUAAAUCUUUGCAGCCCUCGUUGCACAAUGCGCCAACUGCUGGUAGGAUGUUUGGGAGCGUUAACUCCUCCGUGGAGGAGGACCAUGCUUUGAUAAGCUGGGAAUAUUCUGGUCCGGAUAAGAAUGUUUAUGUGGAAUAUGUUGUUGAUAACAGUAAAGAACCCUGGAAAACAGAGUUUGUAAAUGGCACUCGGACAUAUCAGAUUAGAGGACUAAAGCCGGGGAUGUCCUAUAGGGUUCGCGUGGUAGCCAAAGACUACUCUGGCACAACGGUCCACGGUACAGAGGAGCUGUUGAUUACAGUUCCAGCCAUGACCAACAAGCAAGUUGACAUAGCCACACAGGGCUGGUUUAUAGGGCUGAUGUGUGCCAUUGCUUUACUGAUACUGGUACUCCUCAUCGUUUGCUUCAUUAAGAGGAACAAAGGAGGCAAAUACCCAGUAAAAGAGAAAGAAGAUGCCCACCAAGACCCAGAGAUUCAACCCAUGAAAGAGGACGAUGGGACAUUUGGGGAGUACAGUGACACUGAGGACCACAAGCCCCUCAAGGGCAGCCGGACCCCUUCCAAUGGCACAGUAAAGAAGGACGACAGUGAUGACAGCCUGGUCGAUUACGGAGAAGGCGGAGACGGACAGUUCAACGAAGAUGGCUCCUUUAUCGGCCAGUACAGUGGAAAGAAAGAAAAGGACACAGCGGAGGGCAACGAGAGUUCGGAAGCUCCCUCCCCAGUCAAUGCCAUGAACUCCUUUGUGUAACUGCCUGAAAACACUCCAUGACCUUUGACCCAUCCAAGACCCAGCCCCCUUUGCCACACCAUCAUACGGAGAACAGGCUGUCUCUAUUGCACUGUGACUCCCUGACAUCACACAGGAAAUAGGCAUAAAGCAACAAACAAUGACCCUCAUUAGAAUGUUAGAUAUGUAGAGGAUAGAGAGAGAGAGCGAGAGAGAGAGAGAGAGAGAGAGGUGCAAAAUGUCAUACAUAUGCAAGAGUACUUUAUAUGUAUACUGUAAGUACCAGAGGGCCAGUCCUGUACCUUUAGCUUUACCUUGAUUGGUCAAAUGAUUUAUAGGUGUAAUCACUGUAUUUUCUUUUGGCAAGCAAACAUAUAUAUCAGUAUAUGUGUAUAUGAAUAUAUACUGUAAAUUGACAUAUUUAAGAAAAUAUUUAAUUAACAUGGCCCCAUCACUGUCAGAUGGCAUUGUAUCUCACCAUCUUGUCCACUGGACUUGCAUGGAAUUACUUAAUCUAAUCAUCAUGCCCUUAGCAAAUCAACGUUAGCCAGCGUUGUCUAGACUGUGAAUCUUGUCCGAAUACGAUGCUCACCUUUGCUUCAAAGCUAAUGCCUGUCGCAUUCUGUCGUCAGUGUUCAAAUCGGUAUUAUACACUUUUUAAGCACCAAUGUCUUUGUGGGCAUUGUUGUGAAGUAUGUGACUGUGUAUAAAAGCUAUUAGGCAUCUUUUUUGACAAACAGAAGUUCUAUAAAAAUACAAAAACCACAGUAGAAUUCAAAACUGGAUGAAAAGUAGCAUGUUUAUGGCACAAAAGCACUCUUUGCAGACAAACUGUCACUCACACACACGUACAUGAUUGUGUCCUUUUUGAGUUUUCUUGUGGUAAACAUUUUGAUAUAUUUAUCAAAACAGACUUUUUUGGUUUGUUGCUGUUUUAUCCCUGAAAAAUAUAUUACACUGAGAGACUUAAAGGAAUAGUUCAACCAGAAAUGUUAAUUGUAUGAUGUGUAUGACUUUCUUUCUUUCUUCAGCCGAAAGAUGACUAUCUUUAUUCAGCUGAACACAAACAAAGAUAUUUAGAAGAAUAUCUCAUCUCUGUAGGUCCUCACAAUGCAAGUGAAUGGGUACCAACAGUUUCAAGCUCCAAAAUGUCUUAUGGGUUACUUUUUUUGCUACCUUUAUGUCCUUUUUGAGCUUUAACAUUUUGGUACCCAAUCACUUGCAUUAUGAGGACCUACAGAGCUGAAAUAUUAUUCUAAAAAUCUUUGUUUGUGUUCUGCAGAUGAAAUAAAUUCAAACACAUCUGGGAUUGCAUGAUGGUGAUGAAAUGGUGAGAGAAUAAAAAUUUGUUUGUGACCUGUCCCUUUAAGGCCAAAGUAGCCUAUACUUCAGUUUUCAGUGUGCCGCUGCGUCUUGUGCAAAUUCCACAUGCAGCCCUGUUUUUCUAGACACGCAGAGAGUCAGUGUCGUCUGCACAGUUUAAAUGCUAAUUCUUGAUAUCAGCAAUGGAAUUACUACUAGUUAAAAUGUAACUUUUUGUUAUCAGUAAUUAGGUUUGCACUAGUAAAAACAUUAAUUCUUGAAAUAAUAAAUUACGUCAUUACUUGUGGAGUGACCCAUUCUUGAUUUCAAACAUUCAUUUUUAACUAGUAAAAAACAUAAUUUUUGAUAUCUGUAAUGGUAUUUUACUAGCAGAAUUUCACAUGUGUCAUUCACUCCAGUUCGUAUCAAUACAGAUAUCUAUAAUUAAUUUCCUACUAACUGAAAUUAAAAUUUCACAUAUCAAUGCUGUACAACUAGUAAAAAUAAAAAAAUGUAUAUCAAUAAUUACAUUGUUACUAAUCUAAUGUCCAUUCCUAAUAUCAACAAUUGAAUUGCAACUGGUAAAAAUGCAUUUUGUUCUCACUAGUGACAAUAUUAAUUUCUAAAAUCUGUAAUGUGAUUGUUACUAGUUAAAAAGGCAUUUAAGAUGUCUUUAGUCACACACCAAUUUAUUGUUAUCUGAUAUCCAUUUCCAACAAUCUGAAACACCAAAUCUAACAAGUUAAAAUGCAUUUACAGAUAUCAAAAAUGUGCAUUUCACUAGCUGUAAUUCAAUUGUUGAUAACAGCAAUGGACAUCUGCGCUAGGAACAAUGUAAUUAUUGGUGUACAAUUAUGUAAUAUGUAUGUAAUAUGUAAUGAUAUGUGAAAUUAGAAUUGAAAAUUUCAUUCUAAUAUAAUAUAUCCUGCACAUGAUAAAAUGUCAAAAGGGCUUGCAAUACUUUGUCAAAAGAGUACACUUUGAAUGGCUGUGCGCGAGACGGAACGGUACACAGAAAUGCUAAGUAUACCCUUGAGUUACAUUCAGGAGUUAAAGACUUUUAUUCUAAACUGCAUUGUGAAGGAAUGCCCCUAGUCAGCCAUGUAGCCACCCUUUGGCCAUCUGUCCUCCUGUCCACUGUCGAACUCCAAGUGGAUACAAACAUCUCGCAACAUCCUUGGUGAGGUCUCAAAGUAAGGGAUGCAAGGAAGGCCUCUCAGCACGGUUCUUUAGUGCCUUGGUAGAAAACAUUCUAUAAUCACAGACAAAUUCCCUCUCUUCGCUUUUGAAGUCAGAUAUCAGUUCUACAAGCAAUGCUGAGGUCCUGUGUGGAUUCAAAACCACAAGACUCAAGGAGUUGAUGUCACAAACAUUCACCGUCACAGUUCAUAAAUGUAUGAUCACCUCAAUUUGGGAUGAGGGGCUUCUCAUUUCCCUUAUGAACAGCUAAAAAUACUGCCUCUUUUCUGUGUGAACAGUCAAUGAUUGGUCUGAUCAGACAUGUUGAUGGCUCUUUGGAAAGCUCAUAACGGUGAUUGAAACAACCGACUUUGGUAAUUGCAGUAGCCUGUCCUGUCAAAUCUCACUGUAUGCAAUACCAUAAGGCAUUAAUAUACACCCUUUCACAUGUAACCCUUUUUAAAAUCAUGUUAUUGCAUGUUAUGAAGUAUUACAAGCUGUUGAGUGUAGUGAAAUCAGGGCUUCACCAAACACAGUCCGCAGUGGUGCUGUCGUCAAAUAUGGCUGGGGAUAUUGAGAUUUUAAGUCUAUGUAUGCAUUUAUGCAGGCAUGCGUGGAUAUAUGGGUGUAUGAGAAGUGUGUGUGUGCCUGUUUGCAUGAGUGUAAGAUUGAGUGUGUCUUUGAGUACAUGCGCGUGUCUCCACUGUAUAUAUGGGGUGAGCCUUUUUUUUGGCGAGUCCCUAGAUUUUCAUGAUUUAGCUUGUCAUAACUUGCAUCAAGUUUUUUAAGUUUGGAAAUGUCUGCUUUUUAAUAUAUAGAUAUGACAUUGCUUUGUAAAUAUCCAGUCAAAAUGAUUUGAGACGAGAAGAGACAUCCCAGGUAGGGUUGACACUUGAACUUAACCUAGGAUGCUCAAGCGGGACUGUCCCAGCAAUUUGUGUACUGUAAGUCACUUUAAAAAGACCUUACAACUUUUUUAAGUGACAACAAACCUCUAUUCCUAAAUCCCAUACAUCUCUAUUAUAAGAAAAAACAGGUCUUGGAUCAGUGCAAAAGGUGACUGAGUAGCCUACAAGGUAAUGCUGCAGAAACUGCACAGUGUUCCAUCUGAAUUCACAUACACAUCAGCUUGUAUUCUUUCACUGGCACCGUUUUAUUUUCGAUUUUGCCAGAUGUUUCUGAAUUUUGUGCACAGAUGGUUUAUGAACCUUUUCUGUAGGAAAAAAUAAGAGAAUAAGAAAUCAAAAGAAGUGGACACAUCCUCAAAGGAGGGCAGAUUGCACUGCUGUGGGUGCUGAAUCUAUUGAUGUGUUUAUGUCAGGGGGGGCAAUGAAGAAUGAAAAAUGUAGUGUGUUGAAAUGCUAUUCUGGUUAAUGUUAAGGCUACAUGAAAAUAAAGCAUGAAAGGCUGUGAAAUGGUUUACUCUAUAAUAUCCUUGCAAAGAUAUUUUGUAUAUAAAAUAAUUAAAAUAAAUGUUGGUUUCUGGAUUUCACUACCACCUGUCUGUUCAUGAUUUUAUUCAGCAGCAUGUUACUACAUUAAUUCAUCUCUUAAAGUCUGACACUAUAACU